UCCGCGGCCCCCACAUACGACAGAACUGACGGGGGUCCAGUGAAGAGAACAGGGCAGCGAUCGAGAGAGAGAGAGAGAGAGCGGGAGAGACGCAGUCUGAAUUACCUCAACUAUCGCAGCAAAUCGAGUGGAUCGACAACAUCGUCACGCGCCAGACGUCUUCUACCGUGAAAGGUGAUCCAAAGAGAGGGGAGAUGGGCGUGGCCACGAAUACUCUAAUCCUUGCGUGCUUUAUGAUCGCCUUGAUUUCACGGGCCUGGUGUCAAGAAGGGGCGUGUCUGCCGGACGGAAGACAUAAAAAAACGCCGAGUCCAGAGCCACACCUGAAGGAGUGUUCUCUCUACACAGAGAAUGCGUGCUGCACAGAGGAUGACAUCCAUGAUCUCAUGGCCCCUCCUGCCAGUUCGGAAAAAGCCCACUGGGACAAAUGUGGAGCUCUCAGCCCCAUUUGCGAGAGUUUCCUGAAGCGAGUCAUCUGCUUCUACCGCUGCUCUCCGGAUGCUGCGCGUUGGCCACACCCCCAGCGUGGUUCCACCCUCAAGGCUGUGCCACUGUGUCACAGCUUCUGCAAAGGCUGGUAUGACGCCUGCAGGAUGGACCUGACCUGCGCCCGAGAAUGGGCCAGUGACCCUCGAGGGCUCAACUGCACCGGGAGCUGUGUGCCCUACCAGCAGAUGUACCAGCACGGGCGUGAUCUGUGUGAGAGCCUGUGGGGCGACGCCUUCAUGACGGUGGAGGACGAGGCCAGUAGCGAUGGCGGUGGAGAGGAAGUUGGCCACACGUGCGGCUGCCUUAACCUCAACCCCUCCGACCGCGAUGCCAUCGCCGCCCUGCGCGCCCGCGAGGAGGACCCGGAGGAGCUGGACACCACCAAGAUGGGCCUGCCCCAGUACCGCGCGCCCUGCUCGGCGCCGGCUGCGGUGCUGCCCCCGCAGUCCCGGAGGUCUGGCAGCAACGGCAUCAACACCAUUCUGCGCAAGCGCUCCGUGCCACUGGCCGAGAGCGACGUUGAGGGCAGCGGCAGCGGUUUUGAGGGCAGAGUGUGAGUGUAGAGCCUGACCAUGUGUGUGUGUGUGUUUGUGUGUGUGUGUCAGCAGUCUCCUUCCUCUCUAACUAACCAAACCUCUCUCCGACUAGAUAUCCCCAUAUCAUAAUCCAUGUCUGUCCAUGUGAAUCCAUCCUGUACUUAAUCCACCGAUGUAAAGGCUCAGAGUCUCUCAGUAGAAGUCCUUCUCUUACUUUUUAAGACAUCAGACUGCCACUAAAUGAGGGAUUUUGGCAUUUUAGCUUCCACUCAAGCAAGUAAAUAACAAGUGUUAGGUUUGCAAGAUUUGCUCUGAUAUUACAGAAUGCAUCUUCCUCUAGUUAUACAGAGAAUUUACCAAUUCUGUCGUAUCGCAUAGUCAUGAUUUUGUCUCACAGUGCAUGAAAUAAUUUGGACCAGAUUUUAUUGUCAUUUACAAGUUGCAUAACUCCCUGGCAUGGGGGUUGUCCCUUGGAGAGGGGGAAGCGAAGGUCGGUGCAGAAUCCCGGACACACAGCCUGCCAGACCCCCCUACUUAUAAACCUUUCUCUAGCUAGACAAAUCCUCUCAAUAGUCCAGACGAGGACAAACAUGGUGUAUUAGCUGGCACUUUGCAUGACAUCUUGAUUUUCUGCUGAUGUACAUACUGUUGCUGAAGCUUUUCAGUUCCAACGGAGAAGACUGAAGGCACUUUGAAAGAAUGUCAGGUUGUCAGGUCCAUGGCCAUCAAUAGUGUAAGGCGGUGGUGUUCAGUUUUGUAAGCAGCCAUAGACGUUUUUAUUGAGCUAGAAAGGAAUUUUCUUUUGAGUCUGUAGAAAUGACAGCUGGUGAAGAUAGCAGAGGAGACUGUAUUAGUCUGAACUGUCAAUGGUUUUAUGUGUCAGACUUUGUCAGACUGUGUUUAGAUCUGUUUAGAUCUCUAGAAUGGGCCGCUGUCAUAGCUUAUUGUUAACAUCUAAUUGAACUAGAAUGUGGGGUACAGUUAAGGAGAACCUGUCUGUCUGAAUACAACUGGAACCUGUUUGUCUGAAUACAACUGGAACCUGUCUGUCUGAAUACAACUAGCCAAGUGAAAAUGUAAUGGUAAUGCUGUAAUGUUUCCGUGAUGUCCUCAAUAAAGGCUCUAUUUCUACAUCC